UAGAACUAGAAUAAGAAAAUGGCCAGAUGACCAUUUCAUGGGGUAUGAAUCGUUGUCAUGAACAAGUUAAUAAGUAAUGUAAGAAACUGUGGUGGUGCUGUUGUCAUUUUCAGUUGAGCUUUCUCCAUUGUCAUAUUCACAUAUAUGUAUAUUAUGUAUUCCAGUUCCGGCCUUGAGCUACAUAUUCCAUUCACAAAUGACCUGGUCCAUCCCAACCCCGGGCCUCAGUUGAAGUUGAAAAUCAAAGGUGUCUCUGCCUCACUCUCCCUUCCUCCAAGCUUCCCUUGUCUCAAUCCAUCAUUACCAUCUAUUAGUAGUCAAUUCUCUGCUCCUUAUUCUUUUUUUUUCUUCUCCCACCUCAUUCCUAGCUUGCAUUGGAUUCUCCUUCCUCUUUUGUCUUUCUUCGUCCCACCCAGAAGCUCACUUUGCUAAUCUUGGUUGUUUCUCCAUAAGUUAAACCGCACCUCAUCAUCUCUCUAUUCUAGUGUGGCUUCAGCUUCGGUAGUAGCAAGAGAUCCAAAAAUAUUCAACCAUGAGAAUGGGGAAGACUUCACACAGAGGACCCGAGGUGAAAGCAGAAGGUCAACGCAAGAAGUCCCUCUUUGCUUCCAUAGCCAAACCUUCAUCAACAGAGACCAACAGACCUAACAGUAUGGUGAUCAAGAAGGCGCACACUGUAAUCCCAGCAGAGAUUGUGGCGGAAGCCAUUUCCACUCUCCGUGGGCUUGAUCUCCGGUGGUCGGGCCCUAUAACUCCCUCAGAGAUGCAGUACGUUGAGCAGUACGUCCUGGCCAAGUACCCUCAAUACGCCGGCCUCGUUGGGGAGAAGAUCGAUCUCUCCACCCUCUGCAUCAUCGGAGAAGAUCCUGCUGCUGCUGACAAAGAAGAACGCAGAAAAUCCUCGCCCCGGGGAAGUUUCAGGGACGCCACGUCGCCUUCCAAUGGGAGCAGCAGUCACCCUGACCUCGACAGGACCCAACUGGAGCCUUCCAGAUUGCUCGAUAUCCUCACCAUGAAAUCUUCAUUUCCGGGCAGCUUCAUCUCCAUCCCGGAAAUCCAAGCCCAGAACAAGGUGUUGAGGCACUGCGGUUUGCCCGACGAUGAGUACCUUGUUCUCUUCACCCCGAGCUACAAAGACGCCAUGAUGUUGGUCGGAGAGAGCUACCCUUUCUAUAGAGGGAACUUCUACAUGUCGGUUCUCGGGGAGGACAACGAUUGCGUGAGGGAAUUCGCUGCUUACAAGGAAUCCAAGCUGAUAUUGGCGCCAGAGACUUGGCUGGAUUUGAGGAUCAAAGGGUCGCAGCUCAGCCAAUAUUUCAGGAGAAAGUGCAAGCAUAGCACAAAGGGGCUUUUUGCUUACCCGGCGGAUGUGGAAGGGACUCGUUAUUCGAUGCAUUGGAUAUCGGAAGCCCACCGGAAUUCGUGGCAUGUCCUGCUUGAUGCUACCGCUGCUCUUGCCGCCGGAAAGGAUAGAUUGAACCUGGCGCUUCACCGGCCGGAUUUCGUGCUGUGUACUCCGGAUAAUGAUCCGCAGACGCAGUCUUCGACCAUCACUUGCCUUCUUGUGAGGAAGAAAUCAUUCGACACCACAACAGCAACAACUACGGGUUUAUCUUGAGCAUAAUGAGCUGCGAGAAAUGAAGAGCGACGACUAUGUAAUGUGAAUAUAUCUCAACUACCUUUUUUUCCUUUUCAAGCUGGGCUGUUAUUAGACAACGUUGGAGCUUGCGCAUUUGACCCAAGUAUAGCUUUGGAUUAGUGACGAAGAUACGCAUCAAUUUCUGAUCUUCUAAUGGAAUCAAGUUACAGUAAGUAGAAGUCUGACUGCUACAGCUACAACUUAUUCUUGAAUUCUUGCUGGCCAUUGCCACCGCAAAGUCCUGGUAAAGCGUAUUUGAGGUCUAUCAUGACUUAUCAAAGCUCAACUGUGAGCAAAUGGUAGAUACAUAGAGUAUAGAGCACUAUAAUUAAUUGUGCCCCUAAAAGGACUGGUUCAUAUCUUUCUUUCUUUUGGUAAUUUGGUCUCCCACUUGUUUCUUUGCAAAUUUAUUCCGAGUACACAAUGAAGAUUUAACUUUGAC